AUGAAUGUGGAGGAUAGUAGCAAAUAUCCUGGUGGAGAUGCUUUUGUUAAUGAAGGUUUUCGAAAUUGGAAUAUGAAGUGCAGAAUUCGUAGGCAUGUUGGUGCUAUCAAUAGUGCUCACAAUGAAGCUGAGGAGAAAUAUAAUUUGUUCAUGAAACCUAGGACUUCAAUUCGUGAGUCUAUAGGCUCAAACAGUGCAGAUUUCAAGGCUCAGUAUCUAGCUCGUUUGACAUGGUCACUAAAGUGCAUAAGUUAUCUUUUGCGUCAAGGGUUAGCUUUUCGUGGUCAUAAUGAGGGAAAGGAUUCAAACAAUCAAGGGAACUUCAGGGAACUUUUGGCUUGGCUGGCAGGGAAUUUUGAAGAAGUUAAUAUGGUGGUUCUUGAAAAUGCCCCACACAAUUGCCAGAUGAUUGACCACAAGAUUCAGAAACAACUUAUUGCUGCUUGUGCUCAUGAAACAACCAAAUUUAUUAUAGAGGAACUUGGUGAUGAAUGCUUUGCCAUUCUUGCUGAUGAGUCUAGUGAUGCCUACCAACAGGAACAAUUGUCUCUUUGCUUGCGUUAUGUCAAUAAAAAUGGAGAACCUGUUGAGCGGUUUCUUGGUCUUGUGCAUGUUGAAGAUACUACUUCAUUGACUCUUAAACAAGCAAUUCAGUCGUUACUUAUCAAAUAUCAGUUGCCUUUAUCCAAGAUACGUGGUCAAGGGUAUGAUGGAGCUAGUAAUAUGAAAGGUCAUGUCAAUGGUUUGAAGAAAUUAAUUAUGGAAGAGUCCUCUUCUGCAUAUUAUGUUCAUUGCUUCGCCCAUCAACUUCAGCUAACCCUUGUAGCUGUAGCUAAAGAGAAUAUUGAUUGUCAAUGGUUUUUUGGGCAACUUGCAUAUUUGUUGAAUGUUCUAGACAUGUCUUGCAAGAAAAUCCGCAUGCUUCGCAUAGCUCAAGCUGAAUACAUGAUUGAAGCACUGAAAUUGGGUGAAAUUGAAACUGGCCAAGGAUUGAAUCAAGAGAUGGGCUUAGCAAGACCAGGUGAUACACGUUGGGGAUCUCAUUAUAGAACUGUUAUGCAUGUGAUUCAUUUGUAUCCUUCAAUCAAGAAAGUGCUUUUUAGAGUUGGGAAAGAAGGUAAAGGGGUUGAGGCAUUAGGAGCUCAAACUAUGCUCAGAGUAUUUACCUCAUUUGAGUUUGUUUUUCUGCUCCACAUGAUGAAUGAAAUAUUUGGAUACACAAAUGACUUAUGCAAUGCUUUGCAAAAGAGGGAGCAAGAUAUUGUAAAUGCAAUGGAUCUUCUUGAGCUCACAAAGGUGGAAUUGGAUGUUUUGAGAAGAGAUGCUGGAUGGGAAGAAUUUAUUAAGAAUGUCACUUCUUUCUGUCAGAAGCACAAAGUUAAAGUUGUUGAUAUGGAUGGAAAGUAUAUUCCUAUUCAAAGAUCAGCUAAGUUCUAUAGAGGUGCCACAAAUUACCACAGGUUUCAUGCUGAUAUGUUUUUGGGUGUCAUUGAUAGGCAACUUCAGGAGCUGAAUAGCAGGUUUGAUGAGGUAAACACAGAGCUACUUAGAUGUAUGGCAGCAUUCAAUCCAGCUAAUUCUUUUUCUGCCUUUGAUAAUGAGAAGUUGGUUAAGCUUGCCGGGUUCUAUCCUCAUGACUUUGAUUUUCAAGAGAGGAACCAACUUCGUUUUCAACUACACAACUAUAUUAAUGAUGUGAGGAAUGAUGAGAACUUCAAAAAUUUGAGAAGUCUAGCAGACUUGUCUAUGAUGCUAGUUAAAAGAGAUAUGGUUUCUCGGUAUGACAUUGUGUACAAACUUCUCAAAUUGGUUCUAGUUCUUCCUGUUGCAACUGCUGGUGUUGAGAGGAUUUUUUCUGCAAUGAACACUAUCAAAAACAAGUUAAGAAGCAAGAUGGGACAGGAUUUUUUGAAUAAUUGUUUGACCACAUUCAUUGAAAGGGAAUUCUUCUUGCAAGCGAAGGAUGAGGACAUCAUCAAUUAUUUUCAAGCUAUGAAGGACCGAAAAGUUAACUUGUAAUUUGUCCCAAAUCCUGGGCCCGCCCC